AUGGGGAUCAAGGUUCAACGUUCUCGGUGCUUCCUUGACAUCGGAAUAGGAAAUACACAGGUCGGCCGAAUUGUUGUGGAAUUGUUUACAGACGUCUGUCCCAAAACAUGUGAAAACUUCCGAUGCCUGUGCACAGGUGAGAAAGGGCUCGGUAAAGGCACCCAAAAACCUCUUCAUUACAAAGGCUGUCUGUUCCAUCGCAUUGUGAAAGACUUCAUGAUUCAAGGAGGGGACUUCAGCGAAGGCAAUGGAAGAGGAGGCGAAUCCAUCUAUGGAGGCUUUUUUGAAGAUGAAAGCUUUGCUGUGAAACAUAACAAGGAGUUCUUGCUGUCUAUGGCCAAUAGAGGGAAGGAUACAAAUGGAUCACAGUUUUUCAUAACAACAAAACCAACUCCUCACUUGGAUGGGGUCCAUGUGGUUUUUGGUCAUGUGAUUUCUGGUCAAGAGGUCGUACAAACUAUGGAGAGUGAAAAAACAGAUCCUAACAGCAGACCCUAUGCUGAAAUUAAAGUCUUGAACUGUGGGGAACUCGUACCCAAAUCAAAAGCAAAAAAACGUGAAAAGAAGAAAGAGCGUGCAUCGUCAAGUUCCAGCAGUAGUUCCAGUGACUCGGACAGCUCUUCGGAAUCCUCCUCCGACUCUGAAGAAUCCGAUAAAGAGGCAAAGAAGCAGAAAAAAAGAGCUAAAAAGCAAAAGAAGAAACAGAAAGACAAAAAGACGGCCGAGCCUGAAAUUGUCGAGGAGAAAGAACAGGAAGAGGUGGUCACAUCCACGGUGCGUCCUGAAGAAAUACCUCCCAUCCCUGAAAAUCGCUUCCUGAUGAGACUCUCACCGGUAGAAAAAAAACAAGAGGAGCCUGAGAAGGAGAAAGAAACAAAAGACGAACGGCCUCGAGACAGAUCUGCCGCAAAGCACAAUUCUCAGUCGGCAACGUAUAACAGAAGAUUGGUGAUGACUCGUUCCGGCAGGAAGAUAAAAGGCAGAGGCCCCAGGAGAUACAGAACGCCUUCACGUUCUCGAUCAAGAUCCAGAGAUCGCUAUCGCCGUAGCGAAACUCCACCCCAUUGGCGUCUGGAGUUACAGCGUCAGAGGAUGAGGGCGGUCACAGGGGAGCGUUGGAUUAAGGGAGACAAAGGUGACAUGAGUGAGGACAAAGACGAGGCUGCCAACGUUCAGAGGGGCGACCGACAGACCUCCGGUUCAAAACACGAGCAAGCGGAUGAGGGUAAAAAAGACAGGAAGGCUCGAUCUCAGAGGUCCAAAAGUAAAGACGACACAGGGGAGAAGCAAAGUAAGCAGAAGGAAAAGAAAAGGGCCAAAUCUAAAAGUCGUAGUAAAAGUAGAGAAAAGAGUAGAAGGUCCAAAAGCAGAGAUAAAAGAAGACGGUCCAAAAGUAAAGAGAAGAGUCACAAGCAUAAAAGCAGUGAGAAGAAAGAUCGCUCCAGGAGCAAAGACCAAAAUAUGAACAAGAAAGAAAAAGAGAAGAAAGCUGACCACGGCAAAGAGAAAAACAAAGAGCGAGAGUCUAACAACAAGAAGAAUGAGGAUGCCAAAACAAGCAAUGGCGAGAGAACACAGACAAGGUCACAAAGCAAAGAUAGAAGUUCCAGGGAACGACACAGAUCAAACAGUAGAAACUGUGAGAAGAGCGGACGCGGGGCCUCAAAGGACAAAGAGGGAAAACGGGACAAAGACCGAGAGAGAGGCAGGGAACGCAGCAGGAGUGCGCACAGGCGACACGGCGACGAAAAGGACGAAAAAAGGCGGAGGACGCGUAGUCGCGAGCGCAGGAGCAGUCCAGAUAGAAGCAAGGCCAGAGAUUCUUACAGGAGCAGGCGCUCAAGAAGCAAGAGCAGCCGGAGAGGACGCAGCAAAGAUCGCAAGGACGACCAAAGGCGGCGGCGACGCAGCAGCAGUAGUAGUAGCAGCAGUUCUGACAGUGAUAAAGACAGGCGCAAGCGUCGCAAGAGCCCCGAUUCUAAACGGAGAAGGUCCAGGAGCACCUCCAAAGACAAGAAAAGAGUGGACACCACAAAAGGCAAAGGCGACAAGAGAAAUCGCUCAAGCUCCAGUUCUGACAGCGACUAA